AUGGACGUCCUGUGCUGCGUGGCCGCCCUCCUGGGGACAUCGCAGGCGAAGGACAAGGCCCGGAGCAUCUGCAACACUACCCUGAAGAUCCCGUGGAAUUACCAGGCCGGCCGCGGCGACGUUCAGGAAGGGAACGGUAACAUCCACAACAGGUCGCUGUCCGCCUGGACCUGGAGAGUAAACUACGAGGAGAACAGAAUCCCUAAGUCGAUCUCAGAGGCGGUCUGCAAUUUCUCCUACUGUACUGACCCAAAGAGCGAUCCAGACAAGGCCGAGCUGCAUGAUAAACUUAACUCUGUGCCGAUUCAUCAGGAGGUGCUGGUUCUGAACCUGAACAAGACUCUGAACUGCUACCAGGCCUCCUACAUUUCAGUCACUGUUGGCUGCACCUGUGUCAGAGCCAAGACGUCUUAG